AUGUCUGAAGAAGACUGGGAAGGGCUUGCAGAAAAGGAUGAGGACGAAAUCCAGAAGAUUUUAGAUUCCCAAAACAAGUUUUCUGAUGAGUUUACCGCUCCAGUCGUGUCAGAACCUCCAGCACCUACAGCUCAGGAGCAAUCUGCCCCCAAAGCCGUCAAGAAGAACAAAAAGAAGAUUGGUGAAGAGUUUGAAAAAAAGAACCAGGAGAAAAAACGUGAAACCCAAGGAAAAACUCCAGAUUUUGACGAAAAAAGAGCCCAAAAGCAGAAAGAAGAAAAAGCAGACCACGAAUUGACUGACGAGCUUUUCCAAGUCACCAAAGUAGAAGAGCUGAUCAUUAUCGUUAAUUAUCUAUAACGUUUAACGUCCUCUACGGGGUCACCUUGUCCAGGGCUUUCACCAUAUUUAUCCACUGUCGGGCUCAUGGACCUCUGGAUCGACUCACUUAGUUGCUCUAGGGCACGGGAAAAUAAAAUGUUCCGGCUUCGACGGGCUUCGGUUUAUUGUUCGACUCAGCUCCUCGCGUGUUCCGCCUAAAGGUCACCUUCCUCGGGUGUGCUGAGGGGUAAAGACCUUAGCUUCUUGAGCGCACUGAGGAGCAGUUCCUCUGGGUUAUCCCCAGAGUUAAACCGCUAUUGCUGUGCAGAAGUUCUCGAAAUAAAAUUGCUUGAGGGAGAGAAAAUUAGCAGAGCUAAUUUCGCUCGAACCGAAUACCAUUUUAUUUACAUAGAAGAGCUAAUCAGUGAGCAAAACUACCUGGACUUUGCAGGAGAAGUUUCACGAAAACUAACACAUGGCAAUGCCCACUACAGAAUCCCAAUAUUCUUUAAAGAAUUACUAAAAGAUAUGUCCACCCUGCUCGAUUCCACUCAAUUAAGCGAAAUUGUGUCUCAAACCAACAUUGCUCACGCUGACAAAGUGAAGCAAGAAAAAGGCCCAACCAAGAAAAAAGCCACAAAGAAGCAGCCUGUAAUUAAAGGAAUCGACAAAAAAGGGAAUCUCUUCGGUGAUGAAGAAGAAGGAUAUGACGAGAAACUUGACGAGUACGCAGAUAUAUUUUAA